AUGUCUAACGCCGAACAAACAUUCAUCAUGGUCAAGGUGGACGGUGUCCAACGUUCGCUCGUUGGAGAAAUCCUCGGCCGAUUCGAACGUCGAGGAUACAAAAUCGCCGCCUUGAAGAUGAUCCAUGCUUCCAAGGAACACGUCGAGAAGCACUACGCCGACCUCAAGGACAAGCCAUUUUUUGCUGGUCUUACUCAAUUCAUGUGUAGUGGUCCCGUCGUGGCCAUCGUCUUCGAGGGCAAGGAUGUCGUCAAACAGGGCCGAGCCAUGCUUGGCGCUACCAACCCGCUCUCCUCAGCUGCCGGUACCAUCCGUGGCGAUUUCGGUAUCGACAUGGGCCGUAACAUUUGCCACGGCUCUGACUCGGUCGAAUCCGCUAAGAAGGAGAUCGCACUUUGGUUCCCCGAAGGUGUUGUCCAAUACCGACUCACCGCCGAUGCCAACGUAUACGAGUAA